UGUUGGGAUAUAUUAUCCCGGCCUAUUACUGUUCAGGAGCCCAAGACAUUAUCCAGUACGGAGCCCGAGCAGUUAGGCCCAUUUCGGCCCAUUAGGCCCAAUAUUGGCCCGUUUGGCCCAUUAGGGUGGGGAGCCCCUUCUCUCCUUUCCCCUAUAAAUAAGGAGCUUAGCCUCCAUGUAAAGGAUCUUUCCUUCUUCCUUCUCCCUCCUGAGUUAGCUUACAAGACUCCAUUAAUGGGAGCUCAAAUUGUAUUGUGUAAUGGUGAGGAGAGUCCUAAUGAGAAUUGAGAGGGCUUGGACAUUAGCCUAAAAAGUCCCGUGGUUUUCUCCCUUUCGGGUUUCCACGUAAAAACUGAGUGUUCAUACAUAUACUUACUAUAUCGUGUUGGAUUAAACUCAACACUGGCGUCAACACUGGCGCCGUCUGUGGGAAUCUGUCCAAAAAGAUUCAUGUGUUCUACACAAAAAUUCAUAAGAAGUGGACUGAUUUCACCAAAAAAGAAGAAAAAAUUCGAGGGAAAAUGAUUCUGGGGAGCGAAGAAGCUACGGAUUCUGGAAGAUCAAAUCUGGUUUCUCUUUUUGCAGAUCUGGAUUGAGGCCGCCGGAGCUGCCGCACCGCCGUCGUUCCCGCCGCCAUGGACCUCCCGGUGCGUCCAGCUGCACCAGGUGAAGCUCGCGGCCGCGUCCCGGGUCUCGCCGCUGCGUUUCUAGAAAAACGCCGCCGACAGCAGAGUCGCCCAUGGCUCGUUGUUGGCUCCACCAACCACCGUCUGAGCCGCCUCACUGCCGCCUGUCAUCGGCGGACAAUAGCUUGUCACCCGUCCACACGGCUGAUAGUCGUUCGAGCCUCCGCCUCGUUGCUAACGCGACCUGAAAAAAUAUCCGCCAUUAAUGGCGGCUUGGAGCUUAAGGGAGGCACACAUAUGAAGCCCCGCCGGGCCCCACCAGGGUCGACGUCCGUCGCUUCCUUUGCGCCUCGGCAACUGCCCGUACCGCCGACGGUAGGUGGCCAGCCCAAACAGUUUGGCCUCGGGUCAGUGAGAGGAUGUUCCAGCUCCCUGUCCAAAAGAUACGGAGCGCUGCGAACCGAUCGAAGGUCUUGGUUCCCAGAAGGCCACGUCCGAAUUCCGAAGGAUGGAUGAUAGCAGCGGAUACAACUUGGAGCAAUUCUGACCAAAGUCAAAGUUGACAAGGGGAGACCAUAACUGACUCCAAAGCCCUGCUGGCCGAAGCUUGCUUUAUCUCCAAAAAAGCUAAGUGCAUAUUCUUACUUUUAAAUUGGUACACUUAAUUGUUAAUAGUUUAAACUAUUAGUAAUGUUAGUUUUUUUAUCACCAUUAUUUAUUAGGGAAUUAAAAUGUCCCGAAUUAAAUAAUGCCGAGCGACGCUCUAGUGAUAAUUAGUUUCACCGUCAUUUUAAUUUAAUGACUGGUUGUUGUGGGCCCGUCGGCCCGCUCCUGAUCGGCUUUAAUUAGCGAACGGAGUGUACCUGAAUGGCCUUUGAUAGGAUAAUAUCAUUGCUAUUACCUGUUAUAUCACUAUUAUUUAUUAGGGAUAAAAUGUCCCGAAUUAAAUAAUGUGGAGCAAAGCUCUAGUGAUGGUUGGUUCAGCCAACAUUUUAUUGAAUAUUUAAUUUCUUGUGGGCCCGUUAGCCCACUCUCGAUUAGCUUGAUUAAGCGAUCCGAGCGUCUCCAGUAGGGCGAUGCCCCGACGACGCAUUUUAAUUUGAGGGUUGCACGUUAGUCCGCACGGCACUACGUGCCCGAGCGACGAUCGUACCCUAGUACCACUUGCGCAACUAGGCGAAGUGACUGUGCCAAACGCGGCCUGUGGGGCCCGAAGGCACCAAAGCGCUCAACCUCCUUUUUCCAAGGGCAGUGCGACUAACUUGGGUCUGAGUUUGAAAACUCACAGACCGAUGAAUAUUUCUAUGUGACGUCCGGCGGGCUGCUAAUUGGCCCCGCCGCGAGCUGCUAUGUCCAUUAACCCCGCACGAUGAGCCGGGCCGAGGGUCACGAUGACCCAUAGGCCGGUAACCGUGGAUGUUAAAAAAAAAAACCAUGCAGAUGGUUAUGUGUGUAUACAUAUUGUCGGGCCGUGCGGCCCGUUACCAUGCUUAUUGCUGCGCAGCUGAAGCCACUCGACGCGCUCGAGCAAAAUGAUUAAAAGACGCUCGGCCUAAGUCUCAAAGACGUUCAGGGCCAGCUAAAGUGGAGACCAUCACGGCUGAGAGCCGAUGGACGAGCAUCUCCACCCAGAGGUCGAGGGCCAAGAGGAGAUCACCACGGUUGAGAACCGUGGGACGAGCAUCUCCACCCAGAGACCGAUGGCCUAGGAAGAACACCUAGAGGCCGAGGGUCUAGAGGGAGCUGCCACGGCGGAAGACCGUGAGACGAUCAUCCAUCAUUCAGAGGCCGAGGGCCUAGAGGAGACCAUCACGGCCGAGGGCCGUGAGACCAUCCUGAUUUUCAGGUCGGCCUCUCAUUGCCGACAUCAUCAUGUCACGACCGGCCUCUCGGCAUGACGUGAUUAUCAUAUUUGAAGACCGGCCUCGUCCCCGCGCUGCGCGGAUGAGGACCGUUGCUUGGUUCUGUCUGAUCGCCCCCCAGGCUGACACUCUUACAUGGACACCGACCCCCUGGUACGGUGCCAUUAUCUUUCGAAGACCGGCCUCAUCCUUGCUCCUCGUCGAUGAGGACCGUGGCUUGCUAUCUCAGAUCGGCCUCACAUUGCCGAUAUCGUUAUAUCACGACCGGCCUCUCGGCUCGGCGUGCCUAUCUUUUGAAGACCGGCCUCGUCCCCACAUUGCGCGGGUGAGGACCGUUGCUGGAUUUCAGACCGGCCUCUAAUUGCUGACACUGUCAUAUCAUGUUCGGCCCCUCGGCCCGGCGUGAUUAUCAUGUUUGAAGACCGGCCUCGUCCCCGCCCUCGCGGACGAGGACCGUUGCUUGAUUUUCUCAGAUCGGCCGCUCAUUGCCGACACCAUUAUACCACGACCGGCCUCUCGGCUCGGCGUGCUUAUCAUAUUUGAAGACCGGCCUCGUCCCCGCCCUCGCGGACGAGGACCGUUGCUUGAUUUUCUCAGAUCGGCCGUUCAUUGCCGACACCAUUAUACCACGACCGGCCUCUCGGCUCGGCGUGCUUAUCUUUUGAAGACCGGCCUCGUCCCCGCCACCUCGCGGACGAGGACCGUUGUUUGAUUCUUUCAGGUCGGCCUCUCACUGCCGACACUAUCAUGUUAUGUUCGGCCUCUCGGCACGACAUAUUUAUCUUCUGAAGAUUGGUUUCAUCCCCGCGCUGCGUUGGAUGAGAGCCGUUGCUCGGAUAUUUCGGCCUGACCGGACACUGUUGCCAUCUCCGUUAUCAGGACCGACUGCUCAGCGACAUUAUGAUCAUUGUUUGUCGGCUCCCAAUGUCGACCUUUUCUUGAGUUAGCGAUCGGACUCACCCCUCCCCUCCAGGAGGGUGACCAUCGCCUUCGCAUGACGACCAGCUAUUCUAUCGCCUCGUCAUUAUAUUCGUUCGCCAUGCCACCACCAUUAUGUGUGACAUCCCGUGAUCCCUGCGAGUUUCUUGGAUACCGAAUGUCUUCUUCGAUGUAGGAAGAUCGGUAGGACCAUGGACCAGGGACGGACAAAGAAGAGCUAGGGAAUCUCGAUGUAGAUAAACCUGUUCCUCCUUGCGAGUUUUGCGGAUACCGAACGUCUCUUCGAAGCAAGAGCGCCGGUAGGACCAAGAACCAAGGACGAACGAAGAAUAUAGAUUGCCUCCCUCAAACAAAACAAAAAAAAAAGAUGGGGAGAAGAGGAGGGUAGCUCCUAUGUGGAAGGGAAUCUUGCCCGGGCGUGCCAGAUCUUCUCCCACCGCCGAAGACGAACGCCUCUCGAUGUAGAGGUUAGUAGAGACGCGGAGGGGGCUAGACGAACCAAGGGAGCUUUGCCAAGAUAAACCUGUUUAUCCCACAAUGACCAUGGAUCGAUGGACGUGGGAUAACAAAGUCGGGAACCCGUGAGGGUAAACCAGUUCGUCCCUGCGAGUUCCUUGGGUACCGAACGUCUUCUUCGAAGCAAGAGACGCCGGUAAGACUAAAAGGACCACGGACGAACAAAAAAAAGGGGGAAUCUCGAUGUAGAUAAACCUGUUCCUCCUUGCGAGUUUCGAGGAUACCGGACGUCUCUUCGAAGUAAGGACGCCGGUAGGACCAAGAACCAAGGACGAACGAAGACUAAAAGACUCCAAAAAAAAAAAAAAAAAAAGAUGCCAGAAGAGCACGGAGCAAAGAAUGAUUUUAUCCCUCGGCGCUAUUGGCCGGGAAGUACAAACUGAAAAACAUAUGUAAAGAAUAAUUACAAAACUUAAGUACGAAGAAUGAAGUGGCCGACGACGAUCGGCUAACAUCAGGUUUUCUUUUGCCUCGAACGACGAUUAGCCCCCCAGAUCAGGUAGAAGGGACAUCGCCCAGAUUUAUUUCAGGCUCACCAUUCCUUCCCGGAUGGAGUCCUGGCAGACGAUCGGCUUCUCACAGCCAAUCAGGAGAGAGACUUGACACAUCACCAGCACGGCCGAGGGCCGUGAGACGAUUACCACUCACCGACAGGCCGAGGGCCAUGAGAUGAUCAUCACUAUUUUUCUGCAUCACGAUCGGCCCCUCAGCGCCAUCGUGUCCAGAUUCACGGUUCGGCUCGCCCAUUUCCCUCCAGGAUGGCGAAGGACGUCUUAUGCAGUGCGAUCGGCCCCUCAGCGCCAUCGUACCUGGCUUCACGGUUCGGCUCACCCAUUCCCUCCAGGAUGGCGACGACCGUCUUAUGCGGCACGAUCGGCUUCUCAGCGCCAUCGUGUCUCUUUCACGUUCGGAUCGCCCCAUUCCCUCCAGGAUGGCGACGAACGUCUUAUGCAGUGCGAUCGGCCCCUCAGCGCCAUCGUACCUGGCUUCACGGUUCGGCUCGCCCAUUCCCUCCAGGAUGGCGACGACCGUCUUAUGCGGCACGAUCGGCUUCUCAGCGCCAUCGUGUCUCUUUCACGUUCGGAUCGCCCCAUUCCCUCCAGGAUGGCGACGAACGUCUCUUAUGCAGCACGAACAGCGCCCCAGCGCCAUCGUGUCUGGUUCACGUUAGGGUCGCCCAUCCCCUCCAGGAUGGCGACGAACGUCUCUUAUGCAGCACGAUCAGCGCCCCAGCGCCAUCGUGUCUGGCUCACGUUAGGGUCGCCCCAUUCCCUCCAGGAUGGCGACGAACGUCUUAUGCAGUGCGAUCGGCCCCUCAGCGCCAUCGUACCUGGCUUCACGGUUCGGAUCGCCCCAUUCCCUCCAGGAUGGCGACGACCGUCUUAUGCAGCACGAUCAGCGCCCCAGUGCCAUCGUGUCUGGCUCACGUUAGGGUCGCCCAUCCCUUUCAGGAUGGCGACGAACGUCUCUUAUGCAGCACGAUCAGCACCCCAGCGCCAUCGUGUCUGGCUCACGUUAGGGUCGCCCAUCCCUUUCAGGAUGGCGACGAACGUCUUUAUGCAGCACGAUCAGCGCCUCAGCGCCAUCGUGUCUGGCUCACGUUAGGGUCGCCCAUCCCUUUCAGGAUGGCGACGAACGUCUCUUAUGCAGCACGAUCAGCGCCCCAGCGCCAUCGUGUCUGGCUCACGUUAGGGUCGCCCAUCCCUUUCAGGAUGGCGACGAACGUCUCUUAUGCAGCACGAUCAGCGCCCCAGCGCCAUCGUGUCUGGCUCACGUUAGGGUCGCCCAUCCCUUUCAGGAUGGCGACGAACGUCUUUAUGCAGCACGAUCAGCGCCCCAGCGCCAUCGUGUCUGGCUCACGUUAGGGUCGCCCAUCCCUUUCAGGAUGGCGACGAACGUCUCUUGUGCAGCACGAUCAGCGCCCCAGCGCCAUCGUGUCUGGCUCACGUUAGGGUCGCCCAUCCCUUUCAGGAUGGCGACGAAGGUCUUUAUGUAGCACGAUCAGCGCCCCAGCGCCAUCGUGUCUGGCUCACGUUAGGGUCGCCCAUCCCUUUCAGGAUGGCGACGAACGUCUUUAUGCAGCACGAUCAGCGCCCCAGCGCCAUCGUGUCUGGCUCACGUUAGGGUCGCCCAUCCCUUUCAGGAUGGCGACGAACGUCUCUUAUGCAGCACGAUCAGCGCCCCAGCGCCAUCGUGUCUGGCUCACGUUAGGGUCGCCCAUCCCUUUCAGGAUGGCGACGAACGUCUUUAUGCAGCACGAUCAGCGCCCCAGCGCCAUCGUGUCUGGCUCACGUUAGGGUCGCCCAUCCCUUUCAGGAUGGCGACGAACGUCUUUAUGCAGCACGAUCAGCGCCCCAGCGCCAUCGUGUCUGGCUCACGUUAGGGUCGCCCAUCCCUUUCAGGAUGGCGACGAACGUCUCUUAUGCAGCACGAUCAGCGCCCCAGCGCCAUCGUGUCUGGCUCACGUUAGGGUCGCCCAUCCCUUUCAGGAUGGCGACGAACGUCUUUAUGCAGCACGAUCAGCGCCCCAGCGCCAUCGUGUCUGGCUCACGUUAGGGUCGCCCAUCCCUUUCAGGAUGGCGACGAACGUCUUUAUGCAGCACGAUCAGCGCCCCAGCGCCAUCGUGUCUGGCUCACGUUAGGGUCGCCCAUCUCUUUCAGGAUGGCGACGAACGUCUCUUAUGCAGCACGAACAGCGCCCCAGCGCCAUCGUGUCUGGUUCACGUUAGGGUCGCCCAUCCCUUCCAGGAUGGCGACGAACGUCUCUUAUGCAGCACGAUCAGCGCCCAGCGCCAUCGUGUCUGGCUCACGUUAGGGUCGCCCAUCCCUUUAAGGAUGGCGACGAACGUCUCUUAUGCAGCUCGUCUGCCCCUCGGCGCUGACAUGCCCGGUUUAUCGAUGAGAGCCACCGCUUUCUAUCACAUCUCACAUUUCUUCUCUCAUACAUUGCACUCAUACAUUACAUGCAUUCAUGCAUUCAUGCAUCAUAAGUCAUACAUUCAUACAUACACACGUGCAUCAUGUUUUGACAGUACCGCGACAUCGGUUUGUAGAUGCAUGGACCUCUAAGCUUCUCCCAUUGGAAAGCUCGAGUCAGGGUCCUCUACUCUCGCCUGAUGCAUUCAGGGGGAGCGUGCCCGUGGAGGAGCACCUUUCGCCCAACCCCGUCGGGAAGGGGGGGGUGCCUCACCGGCAGAUUACGUUCAGGAGUGCAGACACUCACUCAUAUAUUAUGAUUAUGUGAAGACACAGUUUCCAGCAAGACAGAGGAAGAGCGCAGGCAGAGUAUAUUUUCUCGAGCAGAUUCGCGAGCUCACUACUCAAGAAACUGGGGGACUUGUGUUGGGAUAUAUUAUCCCGGCCUAUUACUGUUCAGGAGCCCAAGACAUUAUCCAGUACGGAGCCCGAGCAGUUAGGCCCAUUUCGGCCCAUUAGGCCCAAUAUUGGCCCGUUUGGCCCAUUAGGGUGGGGAGCCCCUUCUCUCCUUUCCCCUAUAAAUAAGGAGCUUAGCCUCCAUGUAAAGGAUCUUUCCUUCUUCCUUCUCCCUCCUGAGUUAGCUUACAAGACUCCAUUAAUGGGAGCUCAAAUUGUAUUGUGUAAUGGUGAGGAGAGUCCUAAUGAGAAUUGAGAGGGCUUGGACAUUAGCCUAAAAAGUCCCGUGGUUUUCUCCCUUUCGGGUUUCCACGUAAAAACUGAGUGUUCAUACAUAUACUUACUAUAUCGUGUUGGAUUAAACUCAACAGUUAUAAUAUUUUAAUAUAAUAAUAGUAAUAUAAAUGCAAUUGUUAAGAAG